AUGGGAUAUGAUGGGAUGAGUAGUAAUGGAGGUUCAAUGAGUUCCCUUGAUUUAAUGGGCAACAAAAUUGAUGACACAGAUUUGUUUCAGACCCGCGGCUGGAAACAGUGGGAGGAGGAGACAUCAUCCCAUGACUUUGAAUUCUCAAAUGAUCCUUCGCGAUUUAGGCUUACUCAUGAGACGUCUUUCGUGAGAGCUCACACAAGUUUUUGGACUCGAGUCCCGAUAUUCUUUUACAUUGGAUGCUUCUUCCGUCAGUUUUUCAGGUCUGUUAGCAAGUCUGAUUAUAUGACCUUGCGAAACGGAUUCAUAAAUCUUCAUUUAGCUCCAGGAACUAAAUUCAACUUCCAAAAGUACAUCAAACGGUCACUAGAGGAUGAUUUUCAAGUAGUCGUGGGAGUCAGUCCGGUACUAUGGGCAUCGUUUGUGAUCUUCUUGCUUCUAAAUGUCGGUGGCUGGCAGACGUUGUUUUGGGCGUCGCUAAUCCCAUUAUUCAUUAUCUUAGCCGUUGGAACGAAGCUUCAAGCCAUCUUGACAAUAAUGGCUGUUGAAAUAAAGGAAAGACAUGCAGUCGUCCAAGGGAUUCCUCUUGUGAAGGCCUCUGAUAAAUACUUUUGGUUCUCGAGGCCGAGCCUAAUGCUUCAUCUCAUACACUUUGCUUUGUUUCAGAAUGCUUUCCAGAUUACUUACUUCCUUUGGAUUUGGUAUGAAUUUAAACUCAAUUCUUGCUUCCAUGACACUAUGGAACUUGUGAUUAUAAAACUUCUUAUUGGGGUUGGAACUCUAAUCUUGUGCAGCUAUAUAACGCUUCCACUAUACGCGCUUCUAUCACAGAUGGGGUCCAACAUGAAGAAAUCCAUAUUUGACGAACAAACUGCUCGUGCCCUGCAAAAUUGGCGAAUGGCAGUGAAGAGGAAGCAUGAAGGCAAGGGUGGAAACUCCCCAAACCGAUCAGUAGGGAAUAGUCCUACUGCUAGCCCCGUUCAUUCACCUUUCCACCCGACAACUGCAGCUACACUCCACCGUUCAAAGACAACCGGCCAGCCCACACGCUUUGCUGCCUAUGAUGAAACUAAUGCAUCAUAUUUCAAAGCUGAACCGCUUUCUCAUGAAUCAUCUACCAGACACUUGAUUGACCCGACAAUCGCUUGUCACAGUGAUCAUGAGAUUAAGUUAGAUCUAUCAACUCAACAAGAAGUUGAAACAAGAAAUCAGGAUCUGGGACACCGUUGAAAUAGUUGAAAACUGCAUCAAUGAUGUUUAUAUUCACAGGGUUUAUGCUUACAUUUGUUAUUUGUCUAAUUAUAUCUUCUUGUAUAAAUGUGAAUACAAAAAAUUUUAAUAAAACUGAUAACGGA